GACUACCAGCUGUCCAAUAUGACUAGUGUAAAAAUGAUAUUCGAUGUCUUCAAUCAAUUGAUAACCUCCCAACCAACAUCCUAUGGUCUCGUCUGAUAUCCAUCAUCUCACACACGUCGAGAGAGCACUCCGACAUAACAUCUCUCCCAUGGACAACCCUCUUGCCCUGAACUCAACCCCAUACGAUAGUCGGUUAAUCCCCCGGUACAGCACAGGUACAGUACCACCACCCCGUAAGACCCAGACAAAAGUAAGACAAGGCACACGGAGACCACCACCACCCAUCCAGACCGUAUCACAACACAACCCCCGACCACAAUAGCACCUAACCCACCUACUGUUUCCUCACAUCACAUCACAUCAAGUGAACUAGCUACCUAGCUACCUAGCUACCUAGUACCUACCCGAGAGGGGAGGAAUUCCUUCACCGCAAAAAGCAUAGCCACAGACCGAUGUC